AUCCGUUACUAGUAAAACCAAACGGCAGCUCUUCUAUAACGCCAUCUGUAAGGCCGACCGGUUUUUGCUAUUUCGGGUUAGAGGUUCUUCUCUCUCUUUUCAAAGCAAAAAAUCUCCGGCUGAUAACUUCAAGUUCCAAGUCACUGUACGUCAUUUUUCCUUAAAAUUCAUCCAAUACAAUCCUCAAAUGGGGGUUAAAUUUCUUCUUCUACUUCACCAUCGCCUAUAAAAUGGAUUCCCAAUUCGAAGAGUCUUUGAAUUGAAACAGAAAUGCUCUGUAAACUCCCUUCCACGUACUUAAAACCAUCUACCGCAGGAUUGGACCCUUCAAUUUCUCACCAUGGUGAUAAACGCAAGUUUGGGUGUUUCACUAGAAAUGUUCCGGAGCCCAAAUAUCGGUUUAAGCUUGUGGGUCUGUCUAUGGGAGAUAAAUGGCCUCUCAAUGACAUUGAUGCGAAUGCAGUGCAACAAAACCUAAACAAAUGGCUGCUGAAGACGCAGAACUUCUUAAAUGAAGUCACAUCUUCCCGGGGAAAAACCAGUAAGAACAAAGAUCAUAUUCCUGCAGGAGCCCAUGGUACCACCGAAAUAGAGGAUACAGUUAUGGCGGAAUAUACUGUUAAUAUCAGGACACCAAAUGGCCUUCUCUCUUCUACUGCUGUUGUAUCCAUUGAGCAAUUUAGCAGGAUGAAUGGCUUGACUGGGCAGAAAAUGCAGAGGAUAUUUAAAGCUCUUGUGCAUGAAUCUGUUUACAAUGAUGCUCGCAGUUUGGUAGAGUAUUGCUGUUUUAGAUUCUUGUCAAGGGACAGCUCAAAUAUUCAUCCUUCACUCAGUGAACCCUCAUUUCAGAGAUUGAUAUUCAUAACAAUGCUUGCUUGGGAAAAUCCAUAUCACAAGCAUACCAAUAUUUCAGAGGAAAUUUCUUUUCAGAAGAUGUUAGUUAGAGAAGAGGCGUUUACGCGUAUUGCACCAGCUAUUUCUGGUGUUGCAGAUCGAUCCACGGUACAUAAUCUAUUCAAGGCCCUUGCGGGUGAUGAACAGAGCAUUUCUUUGAGUUUGUGGCUCAAAUAUGUUGAUGAACUGCUCAAGGUCCAUGAAGGACGAAAAUUAUAUCGAGUUCGAGAUAACAGACAGUUCCUUGGUGAGAACAUCCUAUGCAUUGGUUCCAGCAAGAAGAGACCUGUUUUAAAAUGGGAGAAUAAUAUUGCAUGGCCAGGAAAACUUACUCUUACCGAUAAAGCUGUCUAUUUCGAGGCAGUUGGAAUCUUUGGGCAGAAAGAUAUAAUGAGAUUGGAUCUUACAAAAGAUGGAGUGCAGGUGGACAAGGCGAAAGUAGGACCUUUUGGCUCUAUUCUUUUCGACUCUGCUGUUUCAGUAGCAUCCAGCUCAGAGAUGAAAACAUGGGUUUUAGAAUUUGUUGACUUGGGAGGUGAAAUGAGGCGAGAUGUCUGGUAUGCUUUUAUUAGUGAAGUUGUUGCUUCACAUAAGUUUAUACGUGAAUAUGGACCUGAGGAUGAUGAUGAGUCACGCUUUCAUGUAUAUAGUGCUCAUAAAGGAAAAGAAAGAGCCAUGACUAAUGCAACUAAUAGCAUAGCUAGACUUCAGGCCCUUCAGUUUAUGAGAAAGUUAUUGGAUGAUCCAAUAAAACUUGUGCCAUUUUCAUUCUUACAAAAUGCACCCUACGGUGAUGUUGUCCGUCAAACAUUGGCUGUAAAUAUUUGGGGUGGGCCCUUGGUGACAAACUUUCUUUUGGAGGAAAACCAGGAAGUUCAAACAGCAAGAUCUUCAGAUGAAGUAUAUGAAGGUGGUCAUCACAUAUUUGACAUAGAUGGAAGUGUUUACUUACGUAAUUGGAUGAGAUCUCCCUCCUGGAAUACGAGUACAUCUAUCUCAUUCUGGAAGAAUCCAUCAAUGAAAGAAGGGGUCAUCUUAAGUAAAAAUCUUGUCGUGGCAGGAAUGUCCCUAGUUGAAAGGGCAGCUGAAACUUGCAAUCAACGAUACCAAGUGGCUGAGAAAACGCAAGCUACAAUUGAUUCGGCAAUGAUUAAAGGAAUACCUAGUAAUAUUGAUCUUUUCAAGGAACUUUUACUUCCUGUAACCAUGAUAGCCAAGAGUUUUGAGAAACUUCGACGUUGGGAGGAGCCACACUUGACCAUUUCCUUUAUCGCAGUUGCAUAUACAAUUAUCUUCAGAAACUUGCUAUCAUUUGUAUUUCCUACAAUAUUACUAAUGGUGGCCGCUGGAAUGCUGACAUUGAAAGGACUCAAGGAGCAAGGUCGUCUUGGUCGAUCUUUUGGAAAAGUGACCAUUCGUGAUCAGCCACCUUCUAAUACCAUUCAAAAAAUUAUGGCUGUAAAAGACGCCAUGCAGGAUGUAGAAAACUUUUUGCAGAAUCUGAAUGUGUCACUCCUGAAAAUGCGUACAAUUGUACUUGCAGGUCAGACUCAGAUAACCACUGAAGUUGCACUGGUGGUGUUGUCAUCUGCAAUUAUCCUCCUUAUUGUUCCUUUCAAGUAUGUACUAUCUGUGCUAAUAUUUGAUCUCUUCACACGUGAGCUCCAGUUUCGACAGGAAACUGUAAAGAGAUUCAUGAAAUUCUUGAGAGAGCGUUGGGAUUCUGUGCCUGCAGCGCCUGUAGUUGUCUUACCAUUUGAUAAUGCUGAAUUGAAGUCAUCAUCAACUCAGCAAAAGGAAGUUGAGCAGCAACAAAAACCAAAAGCGUAGAGUAGUGUCAAUUUCUAUAGUGUAUAAGAACUAGCUGUUAAUAUGUAUUCUAAUAGGGUUGUUUCUAAUGCAAGUUCCUUCUUGGAAAAGGAAAAAGAAAAUCAACUGCUUUCUUGGGUGCUGGUAGUGCUUUUUUUGUUUGGCAAGUUGAAGAAAGAUGGUGUCGAUUAAUAUAUUUAGUUCUCAAGCCCUUUAUCCUUGUUACCUUAGGCUGUAAAUUCUGAUUGAUUGUUCAUUUCCACUACUGGAAAACAUUACAAUAAGAAUCUCUAAAAUUGUUGUGUACUUGCUCAAUCAAAAUGAAAACACCAUGUACUUCAGUAGA